AUGAUGAACACAGAAGUAUUGCAAGUGGUUCACGAGAAGGAUCCGUGGAUGGAAGAAACCUACGUUAGCCGGAAACACGACAACUCCUGGCCCAACAUCGAAGAAGAAGUGGUUCAAAUUGUAGACAAGAAGGCCAGGAGGAAGUCAUGGCACGCCAUUAAAUUCGAAAGGAAACGUAGGAAAGGGGUUGUUGACGGUUCCCCUCCAGAAGCCAGACAGAAGAGGCCGAGCUGGUGGAACAUUUUUGCUCCGCAACAAUGGCCUAGGUCGCGAAGAGCUUCCCAAGAUGGUGGAAGAACCACAAAGGAAAAUUUUCACUUUAUGCGGAGCAAAAGUAGGAGCGUCGAUCAUGGAAUCUCGGCCCCAUUCGACCUUGACGCCCUCAGAGCCAAGAUGGAUGGUCCGUUGCAGAGGAGCUUCGAUAGAGAUCUAGAUGGCUCCACCAACAGCCUGGCCGAACGGAGGAAAACAGGGCCACCAGAAAAUACAACAACCUACACUGUUGCCGAUAGGGAUACCCUGACGUCAGUGGCGGCUCGUUUCGACACGACCCCCUCCGAACUGACCAAACUGAAUAGAUUAGCUACCCCGUACAUAUUCCCCGGACAAUCCUUGUUCGUGCCGUUACGGGAAGUACCUGAAAACGAAUCGGAUGGCUCAACACCUGUCGAAGAUUCGCACGACGAUUUGCCAGCUGAAGAGAAAGAGCUGUUGGACAAUUUACGACCAGUCAGUCCAAAACCGGGCCAUGUCGAGCGCGUUCGGACCCCGUCGUGCCCUCAGGGCUCGACGGACACCGAAGACGAUUCGGCCGUGUUCCGCGAACGUUUCCUCAAGAUCAACGUGCGCCACAUCACCGACGGCCAAGGGGUCGUGGGCGGCGUGUUGCUCGUCACCCCGAACGCGGUCAUGUUCGACCCGAACGUGUCCGAUCCACUCGUGAUCGAACACGGACCGGAAUCCUACGGGGUCAUUGCCCCCAUGGAGUUCGUCGUCAACGCCGCCAUCUACAACGACAUCGCGCACAUGCGCGUCGGCCACAUCGAGACCACCACCGGGGAAAAACCCGAAAUCUAUUAUCCGAGGUGCGUGAAGAAUCAGGACUCACUCUUGGUCAAGGACGAGACCUUCCCGGAACUAGUUACAGGUGAUGACGCUGAAAGCGUAUGCUCCUGCACUGAAAGGGAGGGUGACGCGUUUCCCAAAGCAUUCGAGAGAGAAUUAGUAACGCCAACCAAUCUAGAAGAUGGCGAAGUCCAACCAAGAAGCCUCGAGGAGAGAAGAAAAUCCCUUUUGGACCACCACUGGGCCAUACCAUCCAGAGACAGACAGUCCAUAGAUGUGGAUGAAAUUCCACAACUUAAUCCUGCAAUAUUCCAGGAAGAAGAUGAGGACAGUUUGGUGAAGGAGAGUUGUCACGACUCUGGAAUUGAUAUUAGAGAGACUAGUCUGCCACCUGUUGUACCACAUGUUCAACCAAAAAAACAAUAUAGUGAUGCAGAUAUAGUCCUGUCAAAAGAUUGGGUACCACCGAUCACCAUUGCGCCCACCAACGUGAGCAUGAGCAGCGAGAUCGACAGCCCUGCCGGUAGGAAAAAGACCAACUCGGUCUCGUUCAGCCUGGACUCGAGCUCCGACCUGGAGCCCGGUUUGCCGCCGUUGUCGACCAGCAGUUCAGAAUCGAAAGAGGACGAAAAGGCUGACACUAGAAAAAAUAAGAUGUUAAAAAGACUGUCAUAUCCCCUAUCUUGGAUGGAAACUUUGGGUGGGGACAAAGAGGACGAGAAGACACCUAGUCAACCGAAUUCUGCCGAUUCGCACCAUUCUUCUGUCUUCUCGAAGGUGUUUUCAAGGCGUUCCUCUGUGGGUACGUUUAUAAGGCAGCCGACUGAAGGAUCAAAAAAUAAAGAAAGCAAAAUACCUCCUAAACUGGACUACAGGUCAAUGGUCUCAGUUGAUGAUAUGCCUGAAUUGUUUGUUUCUUUUGACAAACUAAUACCAAGACCGGCAAGGUCCUGCGAAGAUCCACCGCUCUAUUUGCGAUUACGCAUGGGCAAGCCCAUGAACAAACCGAUACCAAAAUCUACAGCGCUCAUGUCUUACGGCAAAAAGAAGAUGCGACCAGAAUACUGGUUCAGCGUGCCAAAAAACAGGGUGGACGAACUGUUCAAAUUCAUCCAAGGAUGGGUACCACAUCUUUAUGGAGAACUCAACGAAGAAGAGGUGAAAGAAAGGGGAUUCUCCCUUGUGGAGAUGGACACAGAACUAUGGAGUGAAGAGCCCACGCCAUCUGCCAGCAGACAUGGCAGUCAAGAUGGGGAAAUCACCGAACUUACCAAAGAAAGCUGGGAGGUGUUGCCUAUGUCGGAAGACUUUAGACGCGCGUUCUACUCGUCGGCGCCCUCUCUCGACAUCGAACUGCAACCGCCGGAUCUCAUCGGCACGACCGAGAUCCUCACCGACAACCACCGCGAGAACUUGUGCCGCCAUCUGCCGGCCAGAGCGGAAGGUUACCCGUGGUCGUUGGUCUUCUCGACCAGCCAGCACGGCUUCAGUCUCAAUUCAAUGUACAGGAAAAUGUACAAACUGGAAUCGCCCAUUCUAUUGGUCAUCGAAGAUACUGACAAUAAUGUAUUUGGUGCUUUAACAUCGUGUUCCCUUCACGUGUCCGACCAUUUCUACGGCACCGGCGAAUCGUUGUUGUUCCACUUCACUCCCAACUUCAAGGUCUACAACUGGACUGGGGAGAACUUGUACUUUAUUAAGGGCAACCAAGAGAGCUUGUCGAUCGGCGCCGGCGACGGCAAAUUCGGUCUCUGGCUCGACGGCGACCUCUACCUGGGCAGAUCGGAGAAGUGCAAAACCUACGGCAACGAUCCACUCACGCCGCACGUGGACUUUGUCGUCAAAACGUUGGAAUGUUGGGCCUUUAUAUCAAACUAA